AUGAACGAAGAGCUCCCCAGUGUGGCUCGAGCAGAUGUAGAUAAUGAUGGCCCCCCAAGCGCCGGCGGCGACCUGCCCUCUCCUGCGUCGAGUGCCGCAUGCGCAAGGUCAGAUGUGAUUGUAGAGAGCCUUGCGGAGCGUGUAUCAGGAUCAAGUCAGAGACAUGCACCUAUAGACCUGCUCGACCUGGCGUACGAACUGGCAAACAAACCGGAGCUCGAACAGAACACCAAUUGCCACGCUGCAUCAGACACCCCGGGCGAACAUAAUCGACUGGAGCCCCAGCUUCUGCCAGCCGAGAGGUUGACGCUGGACAUAAGCUCGCAUGCAUAUACUGAGCCUUCAUCGCUCGUCACAGCCCACUUCAAGGAGAAUGAACGCCUUCGGGCAACGGCCUCCAACCGCCCGCUCUCAGAGGGCGAUACACGCCCAAUCUCAGACAUACUCACUGACAUUAGUGGUAAUUUUCAAGAGUCAACGUUCUUCGGUCAGAGCCAUUGGAUGAAAGUUAUGGAGCCUUAUGAGGCCCUGGGCGACGCGAACACAACCUUGAACCCAGCUACAGAUCGUGUAGAGGUCAACAAGUCAACCGAGUUGUACAAGACCAUCAACGAGCUCAAGACUGUGGGACGUAUACUGAAAUCGGCACGCAUGCUGCUACCUACCAUCUCCCUGGAAGCAGUAGACUCUCUGCCGCUGAAGGCCACCUGCGAUAUUCUUGUCGACGGUUACCUGCGCACUUUCGAAGGUGUCUUCAGAGUGCUCCACGUUCCCUCCUUCCGCAAGGAAUACGAAGCCUACUGGUCUGGCAGGAUCACAGAUAAGCCAUCGGUGCUCAAUAUCAUGCUCGCUGCCGAGAGCUGGCUUGCUGCACCGCACGCAAAGUCACGAUUGAACAUGGCCGGUCUUCAGAUCCAGAUACUUGUGCUUGUUGCCAAGCAAGUCUGCAACGUCGAAGGCGACCAUGUUUGGAUCGCUGCCGGUGCGCUGCUGAGGACUGCAAUGUAUCUUGGGCUGCACAGGGAUCCGUCGUAUUUCGGCAAGAUUAACACCUUCCACGCGGUAAUACGCAGAAGACUGUGGGCGACUGUCUUGGAGCUCACUGUGCAGAGCAGCAUGGACAUGGGUAUGCCACCGAUGAUAUCUGCGCAAGACUACGAUACAAAGCCGCCUUCCAACGUCAACGACGAGGACCUACGCGAACAAGGCGAGGAUCCGCUCAACGCCAAACCACCUGAUGUUUGCACAGACUGUAGCAUACACAUCGCCUUUACAGGCACUCUAGCCUUGCGCCUGGAGUUUGUUCAUCUGAUUAACCACCUACGCUUCGUUCUUCCCUACUCUGAAUGCCUCCGCUUCGGCAAGGAGCUCACAAUACUUUGUCAAUCGAGGACCGAUUUCUUCAGAGACACGCUCAGACACGGCGCCAGCAUCACGCCAUUCCAGAUCAAACUACACGAUGCGCUGGUCCGCCGCUUCACCCUCGGUCUGCACCGCCCAUACUUUACCAAAGCAAAAGAUAAUCCGCAGUACCACUUCUCACAAUAA